GCAGAUUUUAGACAUCAACUGUUGGAGCUUCUUGUGGUGUUUGAAGAGCAGCGAACAGGAUGGCAGCAGCUGCAGCAACAUCUGUAACUGAUGCUCUGCAGCCCCUGAAGCGCAGCAGCAGCUACUACUUUCUACCACCUGACAUGUCUGAGCUGUUGGUUGUUCUUCUGGGGAACAGCUGGUCUGAGAGGAGUUCUGUGGGGAACUUAUUACUGGGAGAGACCAAGUUCAACACUGAGGAUGAACCAGACUUUGUGACAGUCAGUGGACAGAUAAAGGAGAAAGAAAUAGUCCUCAUCAACACUCCAGAUCUGCUGAAUCCAAACAUCUCUGAAGACAAACUAAGAGAACAUGUAGAACUCUGUGUGAGACUCUCUGAUCCUGGACCUCAUGUGUUCCUGCUGGUUCUACAGCCUGAAGGCUUCACUGAGGAACACAGACUGAGGAUCUGCAGAGUCCUGGAACUAUUCAGUGAUCAAUCAUUUGAUCGAUCACUGGUUCUGAUAUCAGCAUCCAGAGAGGAGAGCUCAUUUGAAAACUUCAUGAAGAAUCCGUCCUUCAGAGACCUGAUCAGAGAGUGUAGAUACAGAUACUUGUAUCAGAAGAACCUGGAACGUUCAGAGCUGCUGACACGUUUGAGCCAAAUCGUAAAAGAGAACAGCAGAGAAGAUCUGAGUGAUGAGCGAUCUGAAGAUGCUGGUUUAAUCAUGAAACCAACAUCUGAGCAGAAAAAAACUCCUCUGAACCUGGUCCUGUGUGGUGGAAGAGAAAAAGAGAAGACUUCAGCAGCUGAGACCAUUUUAGGUCAGACAGAGCUUCAUUCAGCCUCCAGCUCGUCUGGUAAAACCCAGGGAGAGGUGUGUGGACGUCGGGUUUCUCUGCUGGAGCUGCCUACCUUGUAUGGAAAACCUCAGGAGGCAGUGAUGGAGGAAUCAUUCAGGUGUAUCUCCCUCUGUGAUCCUGAGGGCGUCCAUGCCUUCAUCCUGGUCCUACCUGUGGGUCCCCUCACUGAUGAAGACAAGGGAGAGUUAGAGACCAUCCAGAACACAUUCAGCUCUAAAGUCACAGACUUCACCCUGAUUCUGGUCACUGUGGAGUCAGAUCCUACAGCUCCAGAUGUUGUUGACUUUAUCAGACAGAACAGAGACAUCCAGGAGCUCUGUCAGAGCUGUGGAGGAAGAUCUGUUGUUGUCAGCAUGAAGGACAAGCAGCAGAUCCCAGAGCUGCUGGAUCAAGUAGACAAGAUGACAGAUGAAGGAUCCAAAAGUUUCAGUAAGGACAUGUUCACUGAGGCUCUGAUGAAGGUUUUGGAGCUUACAGUUCAGCUGCAAAGGAGUGAGGUUGAAAAUGUGAGCAGAGAAACUCUCAGGAUGGUUCUGAUCGGAAAGUCUGGGAGCGGGAAAAGUGCAACUGCAAACACGAUUUUAGGUAAAAACCAUUUUAAACCCAAAAUCGCCCCAAAGCCAUCGACCAAGUCCUGUGAGAAAGCAACAGGAGAACCUGAUGGACGGCCAGUCGCUGUGGUCAACACUCCUGCACUGUUUGAUGCAACUCUGUCUGAUGAUGAAUUUCAGUGGGAGAUUCUAAAAUCCAUCAGUCUGUUGUCUCCUGGACCUCAUGUGUUCUUACUGGUGCUGCAGAUUGGGAGCUUCAUACAGAAAGAUGAGGACUGUGUGGAGCUGAUCAAGAGAUGUUUUGGGAAGAAGUCACAAGAUUUCAUCUUCAUCAUUUUCACCAGAGGAGAUGAGCUGGAAGAUCAGCUGUUUGAGAACUACCUCAGUAACUGUGAGGGCUUUGCGAAACUCAUCCGGGACUGUGGAGGCAGAUACCAGGUCUUCAACAACAAAGAUCCAACAAACCGCACACAAGUUAAAAAGCUGCUGAACAACAUCGACAUCAUGGUGGUGAAGAACGGCGGCAGGUGCUUCACCUCUGAGAUGAUCGACGACACUAAGGAGUUAUUAGAGAUACAGCUGGAGAGAAUCCAGAAAGAGAAGGACUACGAGAUGAAGAAGAAGGAGGAGAACCUCUUGAAGAAACACCAGGAAGAUUUAAAAGUACUGCAGAUGAAAUACAGAGAGCAAACUGAACAGGAGAGAAAACUGAGAGAGAAGCAGCUGAAGGAGAAAGACGAACACAUCAACAAGGAACGAGAGUUGAGGAAGAAAGAACGAGAGGAAGACGAGAAGAGACGAAGGAAAGAAGAAAAUCAGAAACAGGAGUGGAAGAGGAAAGCAGAAGCUGCAGAGAAUAAGCUUCGGUCAGAGAGAGAGCAGAGGGAGAACGCUGAGAGGAAGCUGGAGCUGACCAGGAGAGAAAUGAAGAAAGAAAUGAAUCGGCAACGAGACGCCUGGGACAAAGAAAGGAAGGAGAUCUAUGAACAAAUGCAUCAGGAGAGCCGAGAGGUUCUGGAGGAUGAGAGGACCAGAAACAGGAAGCUGCUGGAAGAGCUCUACCAGAAGAGGAAUAAAUGGAUGUAUGCUUUCAUUGGUUUGCUGCUGUUGUUUUUACUGUGUUAUGUGUUUUUGAAAUGAUGCAGCAAACUCUAAAACACACACCGCAUCUGACAUAGACAUGCUGAGUAUCUGCAACUGGUGAAGAUCCUGUUUCGUCCCAACAGAACCAGCUCCAGGAACACAGCAGGAACUGCAGCCUCCACAGACCUUAAUCUGAUCAAACGUCCAGCACAAAUAGAUGAAUUUCCCAGAGAAAAGUGAACGUGAGAUGUAGCAAAGCUUUUACCAGUCACUGUUAGGUCCUCGCUGCCCCCUGGUAUGAUCUUGUCGUUGAGGUUUUGUGCCUCUAGUGGAGUGUUAAAGGUUCUGGUCGGUGCUUUAUGUGCUCCCAGGAGUUGGCGGGUGAAUCGUUCCAUGUCAGAUGUUCAGGUUCUGCAGCUGCUGAUGGACUGAGUCUCGUUCUUUCUGCUGCUUGUGAAUCUCUGCAGACAGAUCAGUAGAAUCUCACUGCUGGUUCUUGUAUUUAAUGCCUUUCAGUUUGUAGAUCACCUUCAGUUUGUCCCUGUGGUUAAAGAACUUCAUCAUCAGCGUUCUUGGAGGGGAGUUGGCUUCCCUGUCCAGUCCGACCCGGUAUGUUCUCUCCAGAACUGUUUGGCCGUUGAUCUCCAGUAUUUCUGGCAUCCAUUUUUUCCAAGAAGGCAGGUUUACCAGCCUCAGGUUAUUUACUCAGGACCUCAUCUCCAGGUUUGACACCUUUUCCUGCAAAGCUCUGUUGGGUUUCAUCAGUUUUUUUUACUUUAGCUCUCAUUGCAGACACUUUAUUAUCCAUCAUUUAUAUCUGUAGCCUGGUCUGUGACGCUCUUUCAGUCCGAUAUCUAUUUCCUGAGCCAUCAAGUUUGGAGAAGAACUCGGACUUCACAUCGCUAAUUGCCUUCUGUAUGUGUUUUAGCUUGCUGGGCUACACUGCUAGCGCUAAAGGUAGUUAGCUUUGCUUGCUUCAUCGUUUUCCCUUUUUCUUUACUCAUCGGCAUCGCAGUACUUAGCAGAGUAGUUUGUCAUCACUUGUUCUGCAGAACCAGGUCAUAGAUAGAUACUUUAUUAAUCGAGGGAAAUUCAAGGUGUUUCAUCUUUCCAGGGCGCCGCCAUAACCAGAAGUCGACUCAACAAAACUUCUAUCACUACUGAUAAAUGAUUCAUUCAGAUUCUGAAUCUGAUUGAAUCAUUUAUCAGUAAUUAUGAGUCACAUGACGAACCUCUGAGGAUGGCUGAGUCGCUGUUUCAUUGAUGUUUGUACCGACUUUAAGCAGGCAGCACCUCAGAUGUAUCAGUAAUUAUGAGUCACAUGACGAACCUCUGAGGAUGGCUGAGUCGCUGUUUCAUUGAUGUUUGUACCGACUUUAAGCAGGCAGCACCUCAGAUGUGCCAAAACCUGAGUUGUUAAAGUUUCUCCUGCACAUAUUAAGAAGGUGUUUUAUGUCAGACCUGAAUCAUCGUUUACGUUUGAAAUGGUCUCUUCACCACAGACCAGUGAUUUUACAUUUAAAGUUUACAAGUUUGGUCUUUUCAGAGAAUCAUCUAUGAACCCCAGACUGCUCUUUGUCAUCACUAUCUGUUAUCUGCUUCCUUGUGCAAAGCCUCAUUUACUGUACAUACAUUAAUAUAAGGAAUGUGAGUUUUUAUUCAAGGUUUUAGCACUAAACUGGACAUUAAUAUAUAAAAUAUUGUAUUUUUAGUUAUGUUAAAACACAAGCUUAGACUGAUGACCAGCAUCCCUAACACAAUGUCUCACUGUUUUGUCACUUGUCAUUUUUAAUUUUAUGGUUUGUAAAAAUUCACUACAAACCUAAAUUUGAGGCAUUUGAUUAAUUUCAAAUGGAAAUGUGAUGCAUGUUGAGUCCCACCAACAUAAGAGACAAGAAUGGAUUUACACUGGACUCAUAAGAGAAAAUGUUUUGAAAAUGGUCACUUGGUGGCGCUAUCUACACAACAUGAGCUACUCCAGCAUUAAAGCAGUGCUCUGUCCCAGUAGUACUGCAGUAGAAAUACUCUGUAGUACUACUAGGAUAGAAAAGGAUAAAACCUUAGUGUUGGUAAGAAAAGGAAGACUUGAUCCUGUUGUAGACCUAAUCCUGUUUGUUUUCAUUUUGUAUGAAUCUGUCAUUACUGUGAAUCUGCAGAGCAAAAUGAAAAAGCAAAAUAUUUUUCUGAUGUAAUAAACAGUAGUUCCAGUAAAGUUUAA